AUGGGUGAUUCUGACGACCCCCCACCAGGCGCGGCUUUGCCGUCAUCUCCGCCCCCUCCUCCCUCCCCCCCAACGACUGCGACCGCCUCAGGUUCGCAAGAGCCUACGUGCUCUCCGACGGUGUCCAAAAACACCAAGAAAUCAGGCGAAAAUAGCCCCAAGGACCAGCCCAAGCCGAAUGAGAAGCAGGGCACCGACAAGAACUCCAAAGAGUCUACCGAAAAAAAAUUCUGGGCCGACCCAGACGACGAGUCAGAGGAUGCGGCAGCUGCUCUCAAGCAGUUCCUCAUCACCGACUAUCCUCGCUUCGGCGACAAGAGUGUCUUCACAGAAGCCUACAAAUCAGCGGCAGAGACUCUCUACUCGACAAUAGUCUGGGGCAAGAACAACUGGGUCAACAUUGGCUCCAGGUGUGCUCACUUCGGCGUCCUCCAGAGGAUGUACGCCGGAGCGUCAAACAUGACUCCAGCGGUGUUCCUCGCAUGGAUGAAAGAAAGAGGCAUGGAACUUCCUCACAACGACAUCAGCGACCCGUCGCGCCAUUACAAUGCUUGGCUGCGCAAGAAUCACCCUACCCGCGUUCCCACACUGGCCGACCCCGACACCGCCAAAGCUGCCGUAUCUCAAACCCAGCCCCCGCCCAAAUCUUCCAAGGGCAAGGAACGCGCAGUACCCGAAACGGCACCCGACACGGCACCCGCCACUCAAGGGCAUGCCACGACAUCUUCAACCACCGAUCAAUCGACUACCAAUCAGACGAUUGUCAGGACUACCGACGACACAUCGCAACAAGGCGUUGCCGUCAAGAGACCAAACCUUCGAGAGAUCCGGAACAGCUUUGGCAUCCGGAAAAGACGCUGGGAGGAAUCCAAUUACCAGAUUCGCUUCGCGAACCCGAUGAAGGCCCCUUUGAGAACGUUGAGGGAAUGUCAGUCCCACAUCAACCAGUGCCUCCGAAUCGGUCGCGAGAGACGCGGCAAUAAUUGGUAUCUCGUCAUCUAUGAGGCACCUAAGGACGACCCGACUUCGGGCAUAAGACUACCACAUUUCGUGGGUCACGUAAACGCAUAUUCCGAGGGCUACUUUGCGCUGCGUGCCUACAAGACUGCCCUUAAUCAUGGCGCUCGACACCAAGUUGGGGACUACUUCAAGAUGUACUUCGAUCACCAGAAGAAUAGCAUCAGAGACGCUUUGAUGGCACUGGACCAAGGCAUCUUGAAGGCCAACCAAGCGAAUGUUGCAGGCGCGGCUGCCCGACAAGAAAUGAUCGAAAGGAUCACAAAUGACGUAUUCCAAGCCCGCCAGACUACCAACAACUUGAUUGGAGGCCAGGUGCCCCAUGGCCUUAUGAUGCGGCCAGGUGCUGGCGGAGGGGCUGCACGACCGCAGCCGGGUGACAACCCCCCAAGGAAGCGAGCGAGACACCAAUAG